UAUGGAGCAUUUCGCAUUGCGCAGCUGCCAACAAUGUUGUCGAAUCGAUGGCAUGGUCCUAGCAUCUUUCCUUUGGCUAUCUGAUAGUAAGCUGGAAUUUUGCGACAAUGAGCUCAUUAUCCAAACAGCAACCCAAUGGAACAGGCGGACAGUACAACCUCCCGGCUGCGCUGGAUUUGCGCCUGUGGCCUGGCCAUCUCAGUGUAUUCACUGUAUGUGAAAAAGAAACUGGAGGAGGAUGAGAACUAUAGGCCCAUAUGCGAUGUGAAUGAUAAUAUAAGCUGCUCCCUGGUAUUUAAAUCAAUCUAUGGCGAUGGCUUUGGUCUUUCUAAAAUAACCAAAAUAAAUUAUCCCAAUGGAGUCAUUGGAUGUGUGUUUUAUGUCCUCUAUUUUGUAAGCUCUUUUUUUAAACAUCAAUGGCUGUGCUUGGCCCAAUUGCUAAUAUGCACUUUGACAUUAUUCCUCUGCGUUUAUCUGGCAUUCCUGCUGCUGUUUUUCUUCUACGACUGCUGUUUGGUGUGCUUGGCCAUCUAUUUAAUACACACAUGGCUCUUUCAGGAAGUCGUACGCCGCUAUAGACGUCUCUAUUUGUAAGAUUUUUAUAAUUUAAAGUCAUGUUUAAAUUAUGAAGAAGAUAAAAGCUUAAGGCAAACUACCAACGAGAGAGUUAUUUUAAUCUGUCGACUUGUUUGACCCACACGUCUGGCUUUCA